AGCGUCAGUCGCUCAACGCAGCACAGCACAACUCCAUUCUGCCUUGCUCGCUGGCGCGGUGUGAAUCUGUGAUAGUUCGAACGGAACGGAACGGGCAAGGCAACACCUAGGGUAGGGCGACCACUGGGUACACGGGUUCUAGGAGCUCCCGAGUUCUAUCAGCGAGAUCACGCGCUCGAGAGACGCGCGCCGUGAUUUAUCGACGGCCGCCUCGAUCCACAGAAGGUCGCCGUGAUCCAUUGACGGCCACCGUGAUCCAUUGACGGCCACCGUGAUCCAUUUGACGGCAACCGUGAUCCAUUGACGGUCGCGUGGCUGUUCCCUGUCCCGUCCAGCUGCUACUUUUAGGCUCCUUAGUAAUAGUUACGUUUCUAUACUUAGUCUUUUCGUUUUUCCAGCUGUGACUCUCGUCUUGGAAUCGGCGAGUCGCCAUUCUUUGUACUUGGUAUAUCGUCCGUCUCCGCUUGGACAUUCCCUUCGUGCAUUUCCUCCUCCUCCGUGGAAAUUCCCUUGGUAUCUCCGUCCAUCUCCGUCCAUCUCCGUCCAUCUCCGUACAUCGCGGCAUCGCAUGGCGGGCCGCUCGCCGCUAGGCACGGCGGGCUUGCGGGCGGAUGACGUCAUGAUCGCUGCGAGCGACGCGGCGGUCGUGCGGGAGACGUUCAAGCGGCUGCAGCCGCACCUGAGCCACCACGCGCUCAUCAUGUUCCUCACCAUGUUCGACGUGUCGGAGGAGAUGAGAGACCUCUUCUGGUUCGUGAGGGACAUGGACGAGCCGGCUCCCACCAACCCCGUGCUGCAGAAACACGCCAACGCCGCCUUCAAGCUGAUCUGUGACUCGUGCUGCCAGCUGGACGACAGAGCAGCGGUGGCCGGCAUGCUGCCAGCCAUGCAAGCUCUGGGCGGCAGACACAUCAAGUACAACGUGCGGCGUCCACACCUGGCGGUGUUCCGCAUGGCAUUCCUCAAGACAGUGGCCAAGGCUCUGGGGUCGGGAUGGACGGAGGAAGUGGAGGGCGCUUGGAGCAGGGCGUAUGGGCGAGUGGAGGAGAUGGUUAUGGUGGGGAUGGGGGUAAGAUGAGGGGGAAGCUGAGGGGGGCGACGAAAAGGAUGUGAGGGAUGGGGGGGGAACAGCGGAGGUGGGAGGUGCAUGAGGCAGGGUGUAUGGACGAGUAGAGGAGAUGUUUAUGGCGGGGAUGGGGGCGCGAUGAGGGAUCAGCUGAGGGGGAUGUGGGAGUGAUGAGGGAAAGGCUCUACGGUCUUAGGGCAGAUUCCUACAAAGUGGGAUCUGGCGAAGUUGGAUCUACUUUCGCGCACUGCCGAACAGAACCGCACUGAUUGCACAUUUUCGACAAAUGCCCUGCACUGUACCAUGUGCGUUGGAUCCAACUUCGUAGGAAUCCGCCCUUAGGGUUUUUGAAAGCGUAUGGGUGAAAAGAGGAGAUAAGGACAAAAGACAGAAAUUUGUUUGGGCUGAGUGGAAGGGCCCUAUGACGGUAGUUUCUAUCCAGCGAGCUGCCUGCUUCUUUCUUUGUACAGUCCUUCCUAGCGAUGUUACGUGUACUAAAUUUGCCUAUUGAAUGACAACCA